AGCCUCCCGACAAUCAAGGCGGAGCUAGCGGUGGCUCGGCCAUAGCAGGAGGCGGCCAGGUCAGACCAACGGACUAACUGUAGACGCGGUGGUCGUUAGACGGUUGGAAGGCAGCGCACGGACGUCCUGCCUGCUGCUGCGUGCUGGCUCUCGGCGUCUGGCGCCCGCCGGCGUCCCAAUCCCGUCAUGUCAGGCGCUGCUUGGCUUUAGUUCUCCAGGCUUCCGCCACCCGCCUACCGAAGCCGCGCCACCGCCCAGAGCCCAGAGGGAUGGUGGUAGUCACCGGCGGGAGCCAGACCAGCCGUCACUCGGACGGUGCCAUGUCAGCCCGAAGCCGAGGACGAUUCCUGGAGCCGGCCACUCCGACGGCCACGCAAGCGGGGCACGGGCUGCCCCUGCUGCCCCAGGAGUUUCCUGAGGUCGUCCCCCUUAACAUUGGAGGGGCUCACUUUACCACACGCCUGUCUACCCUGCGGCGCUAUGAAGACACCAUGUUGGCUGCCAUGUUCAGCGGGCGACAUUACAUCCCUACAGACUCUGAGGGCCGGUACUUCAUUGACCGAGAUGGCACGCACUUUGGAGAUGUGCUGAACUUCCUGCGCUCAGGGGAUCUGCCACCCAGGGAGCAUGUGAGAGCCGUGCACAAAGAGGCCCAGUACUAUGCCAUUGGGCCCCUCUUGGAGCAGCUGGAGAACAUGCAGCCGCUGAAGGGCGAGAAAGUGCGCCAGGCCUUUCUGGGGCUCAUGCCCUAUUACAAAGACCAUUUGGAGCGGAUUGUGGAGAUUGCCCGGCUGCGCGCAGUACAGCGGAAAGCCCGCUUUGCCAAGCUAAAAGUCUGUGUCUUCAAGGAAGAGAUGCCCAUCACCCCCUAUGAGUGUCCCCUCCUCAACUCUCUUCGCUUUGAGCGGAGCGAGAGUGACGGACAGCUCUUUGAGCACCACUGUGAAGUAGAUGUGUCUUUCGGGCCCUGGGAGGCGGUGGCUGAUGUGUACGACCUGUUACAUUGUCUGGUCACAGACCUCUCAGCCCAAGGCCUCACAGUGGAUCACCAGUGCAUCGGGGUGUGUGACAAGCACCUUGUCAACCACUACUACUGCAAACGCCCCAUCUAUGAGUUCAAAAUCACGUGGUGGUGAGUACCAGUAGCCGAGUCCCAUGAAAGAGGUGUCCAUCCUCUUGGCCGGCUCUGGGAAUCUGAUCCCCAGAGGAGCUGCUGACUGUCCCCGAACCUCCUGAGGUGAGGACAGUGUGCUGAGGCACAGAUGCAAAGGCACGGGUGCUGCUGCAGCCCCCCUGGCUCGUCUACCUUGGGGACUCAAUCUGCACUCACCCCAUCUUUUCCUCGAGGCGUGGCCUGGAGGCCACAGGUUUAGUGGGGAUGUCAUCGGAAGUCCGGAGAGGUUUGAUACCUUCUUGACACCUUGCAAGAGAGCACCUGCCCAUUUUAGAGCCGUCGCUGAUGAAGGUGUCAAUCACUUCCUCACCCUGUUUGAACAUUCCUGUGCUCAGUGUGUCAGAAUAAGGAGUGUGGUAGGGGAUUUACCCAAGUGUCCACCCUGUAGCCCUGGCCAAAGAAGAAAGAGUCCUUUGCUCCCCAAUGUGCUCCUUGCUCUUCCAGUGACUAUAGCACCUUGUCUUAUGAUGUAGAAACCUAUGUCCCGCACUUCCAGAACAUGCCUGUCACCUUCUCUUUGAGAUUAACCACAGCUGCCAAAGCCAUGUACCAGUUGGGCCUUAGAAAAACCACAAUGUUUACAGCCGUGCCCCGGGGCUUUGGCUUUACAUUCUUUGCAGAGUUACACUUUUUUUUUUCUUUUUUCUUUUUUUGGUUUUUCGAGACAGGGUUUCCCUGUAGUUUCUAGAGCCUGUCCUGGAGCUAGCUCUUGUAGACCAGGCUGGCCUCGAACUCAGAGAUCCGCCCGCCUCUGCCUCCCGAGUGCUGGGAUUAAAGGCGUGCGCCACCACCGCCCGGCCCAGAGUUACACUUUUCAUAGGACUGGAAGGUUUCAAAGGUUCUCUCCAAAGAUUCCCCAAGUUAGGCAGACAGGGAGUCUAGGAUCUCUUGACAUGUAGCAACCCUUCAGAGGCCAAGAUCAUGGCUUGCUGCCAAGUCUUGUGUUAGGAUCCAGUGUGGUGAACCUCUUUGGCACGGACACUGUCUUUCUUCGGAAGCUACUGUUUGGGCUUGAGGGAGAGGAAAAUAAGUCCCAGGUGGAGGGCACUGCCAUCCUAGGAGCUGAAGAUGAUUGUAGUAAAUGUGUGUGUUCUACUUCCUGCUUCAAAAGGAGAAAACAGUCCACAGUAAUUUCUUGCUCAGCGGUCGGGGUGUAGCAUGUAGCCCCCAAAGAGAGAGAUGUGUAGCUCUCUUCCGAGAGCAUCACAUGUCCACACUGCACAAUGGGUUCUAUGUAAUCGUAGGUAUCCUUGACCGUUUCUGGAUAGUAUUUUUUUAAUUAAACUUUUUAAAAAAAUAUAAGGAAUUGGCAGCACCCCCCAAUAUUAAUCCUGAAAGGUUUAAGCGUGGUCCAAUCAGACACUUGAGGGUUAGAGGCAUCCAUGAGCCUCAAGAGGACCAGAAGGCCAAGUCCUGGGCUCUGAGCUGAACUCCCCGGUGCAGGUGGAGGGGGUAGCUUUCCGGGGCUCCUGGGAGAAUACAUGGUUUUGAUUUUGUGCUUCACUCUUAGUGUAACAGAGGUAGAGGCUGAGGUCCAAGAGGGAGGGAGCAGCAGCCGUCCUCCAGGACAGUGUUCUCUCUGUGGUCCUCAGCAAACAGUAGGAUCUUCUGGGGUGAUGAAGCCCCUGCUUGGCUCUUAGCCCAACACCGUGGCUCUGGCCUUGUCUUAGCAAAGAAGUUCUUUGUUUAAAUAGGUUUUAAUUUUAUUUUGUGGACAGGGUCUCAUGUAGCCCAGAUUGGCCUCAGAUUCGCUCUAUAGCUAAGGACAACCUUAUACUCUUGACCUUCCUGCCUCUACCUCCAAAGCUCUGGGGGACAUAGGCAUGUCCCACCACACCUGGCUCUUGUGUUCAUUUUUUUCUUAAUAACAUAAACAGAGUUUGCAGAGUAGCCAGCUGUCUGCAUUACAACACACUACUCAUGCUUAACUCACUCAGAAUAUACAAAUUUAACUUUAAACCAUUAACUUCAUGACAAAAACAGGGCAAGAAACAUAUUUGCAACUCUGGUUUUCUGUCCCUGAGGUUGCAAAAUUAUCCCUGAGAAAUGGACUCACCUUAUAAGACCAAUUAAUAUGGAGGUAGUUAAGUUCCUUUUGUGGGAAUUUAUGAAUAAUCAAAUGCAAUAUACACAAGUCGUGACUGCAGGUCAAGGUCACACCAUCAAGGCAUUUGCCCAUCCAUGGCGAUGGUCCCAUCUGUCCAAAAGUGCCACCCCUCUUGAUUGUUUAUUGGAGCAGUGGCCCAUUAGGCUUGUUGGGAACUGGAUAAUGGCUCCAUUUGCAGUGGGGAAAUCCUUGGGUCUACCAGUUGGCCUGUGGUAAAACAGUUGCCCUGCCCAGAGGCCUUCAUUGGCAGUUAUGUUCUGAUGCUCCUGUUCAGUUCUGCUGAUCUGCUCAGUUGUCAAGUUGGGUGUUACUGUGGCAGCACCAGUGGGGACUUCAGUGGUAUUUCUAAAGGAUCUACUUGGGGUGAUUGAGGUGUUUCCUUGUCACUGUCCGAAGAAGGAUAGACUGGGGGAGGUGGUGGCUCAGUGAAGUAGGAAUAGGUCCAACUCUACCCGGGCUCAGGAAUUGCAGUGAGGUUUUCCCUGGUUAAAGCAGGUGGAAGCUUUUGCCCUGAAGCAUCUGGGCUUUUCCUACAACCCCAAGGUUGUUGCUGUUGUCUCAUAGGAAAAGCCUGAUCUUGGGGUGUCUGCUGACUAGUGUCCACUGAGUCGUUUUGGGAGCUUUUUUCUUCAGGUUGCUUAGUCUCAUCUACUGGGCUUUUGCGUGACCAGUAAGGUCCAACCAGAAAAUCAGGAGUGGCAAUGAGUGGGCUGUAGUCCUCUUCAUACUCAUCAUCUGAGCUUGCAUCUAAGAUCUGAGAAGAUGAAUCCUGGUCAUGCACAUCGCUGCCAUGGGUUAUUAUUGGAUCUUUACCUCCUGCAGCUAAAUCAUCCAGGUGUUGGAGGCCUUGCUCCCUGGCACUGGUUUCCUGAUCAUCUGGGCCCCUAGUAGAAGUAUUCGAAGGGGCGGACUGCUGGGGUGCUCAUAGAAGAGCCUUGAGGUGUUGGGCUCCCUUGAUCUGCAGUGUGAACCGAAGCUGCAAGUUGUUGGAUUUUUCCCCCCACUUUGCUGCAAGCGUCAUCUCUGCCUUGAUGUCCAAUGUUAUGGGGUUUUGGGGGGUUUUUUUUGUUUGUUUUUUUGGUAUGGAAGUCCACCAGGAUUCCCUGUUCAGCAUGAUCAAGGUCUAGUUGGUCUAUCUCUUGCUCUUCAGCAUGCUUCUUUGGGCGUCUCUCAGCCUCACUGGCAGCUUCCCAGAGUUGCUGGUAUUGUUCUACAACAGUAACACCCACUAGAGUGCCACCAUGAGCUGUAGCUGUGCCCAAUGCAACAGCUGACAACUGGGGAAACAGUCCAUGUUCCAGGCUGUUGACUCCUCAGAGGUUGAGACUCCGUGCGAACGGAGCUUAUUCUUGGCCAGCCCCUGCAGUGCGAGCUUGAAACUGUCAACCUCUGCUCGAACCAUUACUGUCCAGACAAGAGUAGAGAGUGAUCUGAUUUCCUUCUUUGCGGAAGAUGUGGUCUAAAACAGUCGUAACUGUCAAGAGACCUGAGCAUCUUCCUUGGGCUAAAGAAUUGGAAAUGCUGAUAGCAGAGUCAUGCCCAGCUUCCACAUUGGUUCCUUGAUGGGUCAACAUGAAUUUGAAGGUAAAGCUGGCCCGCAUGAUCCCAGAGGUAACCAUCAUGAAUCCGAGAGUGUUCCAACCCUGGGGAUGUAUUAGGCCCUGCUCAGAAUGAACGGUUAUUUGGCACUGAACUUUUUCCAGGCAUGCCUCUCACCUACAACUAGCUUCAGUAAAAAAACAGGCUACAAAAAGAAAGAAAUUGCCCUACUUUCCAAUGUUCAUUAUGGUUGUUGGCAAGAGCUAAGAGGGCUUGUUGUGUUCAGCUGCCAAGCCCUGUGUCAAGACAAAAUUUAGUCAAGUUGCUGGUUGUCUUAUUUUCUAUGAUGUGGAAAACUAGUCCGUGUCGUUCAAGAUAACGUCUGGCUGUCCUUUGCUCAAAAUUCCCCGAGUUUCCUUCUUAGGGAUGCUGGGUGCGCAAAGUCAACAGGCAGCUGUCCAAUAAGUCCCCUAAUUCAACCCCCGCCUGUAUAGCGUGGAUUAUCUGUGGGCAUAGUUCAGUGGGUUCUGGGGCCCGGUGUGAAGGAUUCCACUGGUUGCGUCCUGAAGUUGAAUAUGCUAUGCAGCUCGAAGUUCUCUUGGGUUGGAGAAUGAGAAGUGGGAUCUGCCCCCAAACGGUUUCGAUUUUGCCGUGUCAAGGAUGCAUCUUAAACCUGACUGGAAGUGAAAGUUCAAACACUAGCAGCAGUCAGUGUUAAUGCCAAUGCUCGAUGGAAUGAAGAUCUUAAUCGUCCCAUUUUAAAACUAUCUAGUGAAGCACACUCUUGAGGAUGAUGUCCAUAUCAGCAGAGAGCUGACAUUUAAGCUUGGGACUUUGAGUAACUAGGCCUGGGACCCUUUCUCUUCCUGCUAGAGAGUCCUUCAAUGCUUGGAAAUUUAGAGUCCACAAAUAUAAGACAGAGGGAAAACUGAUCUGCUCAAAACCAGGCCCAGACUGAUUGCUUAAUACAAAGAUGCUGGGGAAAGACAUUGUCUCUGUACUUCACUGGAGACAGUUUCUCCGUCUCCUUUUUUAUUCUCAGGAUGAUAGGUUUUGUACCGUUGUGGCAAGAGAAUAUUCCAGGCCACUGGAGCAGGCAGAGGAGGGGCACUAGAUAACCAGCUCAGAAUUCCCUCCCCUCCCCUUUCAAUUCCUUUACUAUUUUUUUGAAUAGUUGACUUGAUGUUUGCAAUAUUAGAGCAGACCAUAUGCCGAAUCUUCUUGUGUGUGUGUGUGUGUGUUUUUUUAAAUAACAAAUCCUUUUUAAGCCAGUGACUUCUUUACUUUCUUGCAGCACAGAAACUUUUCUUUGUACUAUAAAGUAUAUUUAUUAUAAUUUUCCCUUGACUAGUGAAAUAUGAAAUAAAGCAAUAUAUAUUGGGAUCUGGGGUGUGGUUUCAUAAGAGAACACACCUACCUACUAUGCACAAGGCCCCGGGUUCCCUCCUCAGCACCACCAAAAAAGAAAAAGAAAAAAAAAAAAAAAAGACAAGCAUCAUGUCAAACUGUAUCUUUGCUAUUUGGGGCUCUACAUUCACUUUCUACUCUCUUGGAGCUUUUCUUAAAGGGAAUAAAAGAAUUCAUCAGCCUAUUCUGGCCCUCUCUAAUGAGAAGCUGAGCUCAUUCCGAAAUACGCUAUUGUGUGUGGUGGCUGCGGAUGGCUUCCAAAUGAAGGGGUCGUGUCUGUGGAAAUUACCUCCGUCUGUCCGUUUGAUCCCUUUCCACUUGCAAUUGCUUAGACCCAGACCAAAAGAUUUGCAAGGAAAGCUUUUCCUUGAUCCACAGGAAGUCCUUCUCAAAAUGAUUUGUGCGCUGUGUCAAUGCCUCUCGCGGUGUAAGUGAGACCAGUUGUUGCUGAAGCAGACCCAAGUGCCUAGCCUUGAGCUUCCCUCCUGUUUGACUCUGGGCACUUUUUCUCCUGGGUGACAUGCUCACUGGUCGGGACAGUGAGAGAUUUGAUAGCAGCACAUGGUGUAAUGUUAGAGUUGAGGCAGAGAAGACUGAGGGAGAGCCACAUUGAAACAAAAUAUUCCAAGGUGUGUUUGUGUGUGUGUGGGGGGGGGGGGGUUCAUUGUUACUGAUCUAAUAAAGGAACCAUCACUAUCCAUAA